GAUGGAGCAAGACCCUUUGUUUCUGUGUCUCACAAGUUCAUAACGGCCAAACAGAAAAACCCUAGCCGUUUUAACCACGCUCCACCGCUUAACUCUCUUUCCUACACGGGCCGUCAAGUAAAAGCUUCUUCAAACCUCAACAAAGAUGGGUGAAGAAGUGAAGGAAGAAAUCAACUCGUUUAAAGAUUUAGGUUUAUGCGACGAAUUAGUGGAAGCCUGCGAUGGUUUAGGUUGGAAAGCCCCUACCAAAAUCCAAGUCGAAGCCAUUCCCCACGCUGUCGAAGGGAAGGAUUUGAUUGGACUUGCCCAAACGGGUUCGGGUAAAACAGGGGCAUUUGCUCUUCCUAUACUGCACGCUCUUUUAGAGUGCCAUUCGAAACAAGGAUACAAAUCCGCUCCUGCAUUUUUUGCUUUGGUGCUUUCCCCAACACGGGAGCUUGCAAUUCAAAUUGCAGAACAAUUUGAAGCCUUAGGAUCUGGGAUUAGCCUAAAAUGUGCUGUGCUUGUUGGAGGGGUGGACCUAAUGCAACAACAAAUUGCCAUUGGAAAGCGGCCACACAUCAUUGUUGGGACGCCUGGACGCCUUGUGGAUCACCUGACUAAUACUAAAGGUUUUUCCCUCCGCAUGCUGAAAUAUUUGGUCUUAGAUGAGGCUGAUAGGUUGCUGAAUGAGGAUUUUGAGAAAGCACUUGAUGAUAUUUUGAAUGUUAUUCCUCGUGAUAGGCACACAUAUUUGUUUUCUGCAACCAUGACCAAAAAGGUGAAGAAGCUACAAAGGGCAUGUCUGAGAAAUCCUGUGAAGAUUGAAGCAGCAUCUAAAUAUUCCACCGUUGACACACUGAAGCAGCAGUAUCGCUUUAUACCUGCAAAGUACAAGGAUUGCUAUCUUGUUUAUAUUUUGACUGAGAUGUCUGGAUGUACAUCUAUGGUUUUCACUCGAACAUGUGAUGCAACUCGCCUUUUGUCCUUUAUUCUUCGGAAUCUUAAUAUAAGGGCCAUUCCCAUUAGUGGUCAAAUGACUCAGUCAAAGAGGCUUGGAGCCUUGAAUAAGUUUAAGUCUGGAGAGUGUAAUGUUCUUGUCUGCACUGAUGUGGCUAGUAGAGGACUCGACAUUCCAUCUGUGGAUAUGGUUAUUAAUUAUGACAUCCCUACAAACUCUAAGGAUUACAUCCAUCGAGUAGGUAGAACAGCUCGUGCAGGACGAUCUGGUGUUGCAAUCUCACUAGUGAAUCAGUAUGAGCUGGAGUGGUACCUGCAGAUAGAAAAGCUUAUUGGCAAAAAGUUACCCGAGUAUCCUGCUCAAGAAGAGGAAGUCUUGCUACUGUUGGAAAGUGUCACUGAAGCAAAAAGACUAUCGCAGAUGAAACUUAAAGAAAUUGGAGGCACAAAGAAGAGGAAGGGUGGAGAAGAAGACAACGAGGACAUAGGGAGAUACCUAGGCAUCAAAGGCAAGUCUUCGAAGAAAUUUAAGAAAAAAUGAGACUGCCUGCUUUUCAUGUUAUUCUUUUCUCCAUGCACUUGGUUCCCAUUAAUAUGGUGGGUUCAGCAUGGCUUGCCUAAAUUUUCAUCCUUGCAAGAUAUUCGACAUUACCUUUAUAAAUGAAAAAGAAAAUUGGAAAGAGAACCCCCCUUUUGUGAAGUUAUUCUACACAACGCAGAUUGCAUAAAUCACAUUUUCAUUUCCUUUAAGGAAAUUAAGUCUUAAAUGUGUUAAGCAUGCUGCUAGCAUUAAUCCUUGGACCAGGAUCCAACUCACAUGAGAUUAUUAUUAUUUUUUUUUUAAUUUCUAAUUAUUCCUUAAAUCUUCUACUCUUAUACAUACUUGAUUGAAAAAAACAUUACAUGUAUAAAUUUUUUUUUGAAAUAUCCGUGACAUUCAUCAUUUAUUAUAGCUUUCCUCGUUUCUAAACAAAGAUUUGUCUUUCAUGCCAUUGCCAGUUCUACAUAAGUGUAAUAACUAAUAACAGCUCCCUCAACUUUUGAUGUGAUUGUAAUUGUGAUUGGUGAAUUGUAAUUCAAGCCUACUGAUGAAAGAUAGAAAUUGCAAUGGCAGUUGUAAUUAUUUGAGCAUAUGUUAAAUUUGACAAGGAUUGUCCUAAAUUAUUAUUCUAUAAUAAUAGGUUUCAAAUAAGACAGUAGAG